AUGAAGAAAAUGGGUUGUAGCAUUGCACCCCUCUCAUUCCUCCUUUUGGCCAUGUUCUUCUCUUCAUAUCUUCAUGUUGGUCUGUGUCAAAUUACGCUUGACCAGCUCCUACCUGGCGCUGGGUUUCUACAUGAUUCAACAUGCAUGCAAAAGCUGAUUCCAUGCCAGUCGUACUUGAAGUCUCAAAUCAACCCUUCUGAGGCUUGUUGUGCCCCCUUGAAGGAGUUGAAUGACAAUAACACACAGUGCAUCUGCAAUUUCAUUAACAAUCCUUCUCUGUUUCAGUCCCUUGGUUUUCCCAGGGAUGACAUGUUAAAGCUUCCCCACUCUUGUGGCAUUGAAACUGACCCUUCUAGGUGCAGCAACACAGCAGGAUCCCAAGGUGAAGGUUCUGUACCUGAUGUGGACAGUGCUGAAUCAACAAGUUCAACAAAAAUGAUUACUCCAUAUGGAGUUUUGGUGUACCUGGCUUUGUUGCAUUGUUGA